AUGCCAGCUACUCGGUUACCAGCGACCGUGCGUCAACAAUAUCAACACCUUCGAUUCGCCGAUGACAAAUUCGACAUUCCGUCUCGCAUCGACGUUCUAUUCGGUGCGGAUAUCCUACCAAGUCUGAUCCGCCCACACGCGGAUGUGGAACAUCAUUCAGGUUUACCAUCGGCCCUUGACACUCAGCUUGGCUGGAUAAUUUUCGGCUCAUUUUCUACUCCGAACAAGUCACCUCCAGUCACGCUGACCACCGCAAUCGCUCCGCCCUCAAUCGAAGAUUUAAUUAAAAAAUUCUGGUUGAUCGAAGAACCCGCCGCACCGUCGUCACCUACCACGGAAGACCAGUGGUGUGAAGAAUAUUUUACAAAGUCUACCUCGCGUGAUACGACAGGUCGAUUUUGUGUCGCCCUACCAUUUCGCCAUUUGUUCACCGGCCCAACUCAACAGCAUGGUACAUCGCGUCACGGUCUCGGUGAUUCGCGUUUCAUAGCGCUGAAAAUAUUCUAUAAUCUAGAAAAGCGAUUAGCCAAGGAUCCCGUGCUGUAUGCUGCGUAUCGUCAGUUCAUGUCCACCUAUCGUUCGCUGGGACACAUGGUGCCAGCCCCGUCACCGGGCAUCUAUUUCAUUCCGCAUCACGCCGUAUUCAAAGCCGACGGUGACGUGUCCAAAAUACGUGUCGUGUUCGACGCAUCAUCCGCUUCGUCAUCCGGUCGCUCUUUGAACGAUAUAUUGUGCACCGGACCGAAGCUAUAA